AUGAUGGCUGGUUCGGCUUUAAGAAGGCUAAUGGCCGAAUAUAAACAACUUACAUUAAAUCCUCCAGAAGGCAUUAUAGCAGGACCAGUCAAUGAAGAAAAUUUUUUUGAAUGGGAGGCUCUUAUAACGGGACCAGAAGGAACUUGUUUUGAAGGAGGUAUAUUUCCAGCUAAACUGAUAUUUCCACCCGACUACCCUUUAAGUCCUCCUAAAAUGCAGUUCAUUUGUGAAAUGUUUCAUCCAAACAUAUACGCAGACGGGCGCGUGUGCAUCUCGAUCCUACACGCGCCGGGCGACGACCCCAUGGGCUACGAGAGUAGCGCCGAGCGCUGGUCUCCCGUGCAGAGCGUGGAGAAGAUCCUGCUCUCUGUCGUCAGCAUGCUGGCCGAGCCGAACGAUGAGAGUGGGGCCAACGUGGAUGCGGCAAAGAUGUGGAGAGAAGAUCGCGAGCAGUUUAAUAAAAUCGCCGAGCGCCUCGUGCGCAAGACCUUAGGUUUGCCGCCGCCCGAA